AUGCUAUCCUUUUUCACCGCUCUUAGUUUAGCUAAAGCUUCAGUUUCACGUACUGGACGUUUUUAUGCAGACUUUGAUGGAAACACACUUGAACUCACCAACAAACUAUCUCCUUAUUCGGGCUAUUCAUAUUAUAUUCUUAUUAACAAUCCACCAACAGAUUUACUUCUGAAUGGAGUUAAAGCAUCCUCAAGGUUAUAUAAUUUUUCAUCAAAAACCUAUGUUUUCCAAAGUUCCAAAAUUUAUAAAUUAUAUUUCGACAUUGUCGAAAUUCCUGACUCAUGCACUACCCUUGAUUUCGUUCUACAGCCAGAAAAUUCUGUAUACGAGUACUCACCUGCCUUAGGCGAGCUAGCCACCUCAAAAUGGUAUUGCUUUGUUGCUUACAAUCCAGAAGGUUUCGCUGCAUCCUUCAAUAUCACAGCAGGCACAUUGGAUUAUGCGAAAAGUUCUUUGUAUACCGCAACAUCUAUUCGUACAGAUGGUGGCACAAAAGCAUAUACAAUUACAGGUUCAUUUGUUGCAAAGUUUAAACCAGAUAACACAGAAACUUCCAAGGUCAGUAUCAAGCUUGUUCCUUCUUCAACUUCCACCCCAUCAACCCUCGUUCUUACAGAUCAAUCACAUACAUCAUACUUUAAUGCAACAGCCGUAGAUACAACAGUUCCUCCAUACAUAUUCAUCGACUACGGCAUCCAUACAAAUAGUUAUACUUCAAGUAACACAGUUUACAAUAUCACUUAUAAUACAUAUAUUGUCUUCACACAUUGGAAAGAUGUUUCAGCUGUUGCAACAGUUUCUGGUACUACACUUAAUAUCCUUGGCAACACAAACAUUGUUUCAGUUUUCUUCAACUCAACAGGCACACUUACUCUUUCCAGAAAUUCAUCAAGGAGCACUGCUACAUUUGUUGCAUAUUAUAUGCCAAGCACAUGCCAUUACAUUGUCACAUUAUCUGGUGAAUCAUCAUACAAAUUCGACACAGAUGGCAGCGCCAUCAAAUGUAUGGUUUCCGCCUUCAGUUCGGGCAGUGUUAAUAUUGACAAAGGUUUCUGGGGUGAAUUAUCCACAUACAAUUAUGAUGGCACAUAUUCAUCAUCAUCCAAACCAUUGUACUCAGUUUUCUACAACACAUUCUCAUCUGAGCAUGAAUACUUCAAACAUGAUAUUUCGACAUACUCCAGUGAUAACUCCUAUGCAUAUGUCAUCAAAGGCAAAUCACCAGAAUAUUUAUCAUACUGGAUUGACAGUUCAUCAUAUAACAAGAUCAACAGCGGUGAAUGGUCUAGCAGCGGUCUUGCUGGUUGGGCUAUUGCUCUUAUUGUUAUUGUUGUUAUCAUUGUUAUUGCUGUUGCCAUUACUAUUGUUGCUAUUUGCUGCUGUGCCUGCUGCUCGGUUGUCAACAGAGCUCUUACAAGUUCUAGUUCUAGCUCUAGCUCAAAGAAGAAGAGAAAUACAACAAACACAACUCUUCUUGUCCAACAGCAACCAUACCCACCACAACAGUACCCACCACAACAAAGUUAUCCACCACAGGGAUAUCCUCCACAACAAUAUCCUCCACCAUCACAAGGCGGCCAACCACAACCAUAUGGUUAUUAUCCACCACCACAACAAUAUCCACCACAAGGCUAUGCACCAAAUGGCCAAGUUCCACCUCCUCCAGCCGAUCAACCAAAUCCUUAUGCAUAA